AUGAUGCAACAUUCAAGAAGUGGCAAACCUUUGAAGUGCAUUGAUAUAUCGGAGCAAAAUUAUGAACAAGCAGAGGAUAUUUUCAGUAUCAAUUUAUUUAGAGUACAAACAAAUAAAGUUCAACCCAAAUUACUUUCAUCUGUUAUCAUAAACAAUCAACUGGACCAUGUUGUGGCAGACACUGGUGCAUGUGUAAGUGUGUGUGGAACAUCACAAGCUAAACGAUGGAAUCUUCUGGAUAAAUUGGUAUCCUCUAAAGUACGCAUAAAACCUUAUAUGAGUAAUCCUAUCGCUGUGCAUGGAAAUGCUAUUUGUUCCGUCACUUUUGGAUCUAUUUCUGUACCUGUUGAGUGGCAUGUUAUUUCUGGUUUCUGUGAACCAAUUUUAUCUGGCGACAAAGCUUUACAACUUGGAAUCAUCAAUUUCAGUCCAAAAGCAGAAACAUUUUUUCCUAUACAUAGCAUGGAUAAAACAGCUGAUGACGUCUCAAAAAUUUCAUUACAAAAGAUACUUACCCACUAUCCAGAAAAUUUCACUGGGUUGGGAAAAUUACGACACCACCAGGUAAAGCUGCAUUUUGAUGCUAACGUCAAACCUGUAAAUGUGCCGCCAAGACCUGUAGCCUAUCACCUAAAAGAACGUGUUCACUGUGCUAUCGAUGAAAUGAUCAAACAAGAUGUUAUAGAAAAACAUCCCUCAAACCAACCUGCACCGUGGAUUUCUUGUGCUGUAAUUACACCAAAACCAUCUGAACGGACAGCUUUAUCACAACUCCUUUCUAACUAUCGUGAUACCCCUCAUCCAGCUACUGGAAUAGCACCAUCGUCUAUGUUAUUUCGCGAUGGUCAUCAAUCUGUGUUUCCUCGCAUGACGGUUUCUGAUUCUCAGGUCAAGGAAGCUAGACAUCGUGACGGACUUAUCAAACAUAGGCGAGCCGAGAAAAUCAAUGACUCCAAAUAUCGCUACCAAAGUUUAUUUAAAAUUGGGGAUCGAGCAUUAUUACGAAACUACAACAAAACAUCUAAGUUUCAUCCAACCUUUCUACCUGACUCAUGCAAAGUCACACAUGUUGACGACACUGGCUCAUUCAUCCUGCUGGAAAGACAGAAAGAUGGUAGAAUGUUCACCCGACACCCUGAUGAUAUAAAGAAAUGCGUCAUCGAUGAAGAAAUUGUCCCAAAAUCACAACCACUUACAGAGCAAGAGGUUAUCAAACGUUGGCAUGAGUUAUGUGAGACUCGUGCCAACCACGGAUUAAAUGAUGACGAUUCUGGAGACUCAUUAUUAGAAUACCAACAACAAGAUGAUGGUAAUAUUGCACCACCUGAACCUCGUAACCGUAGACGAAAUCCAAGAUAUUUUAUUGAUGACUUUGUAAACUUACUUAAUUUUACAAGUGUUUUUUUUUCUUUUUUAUAA